UAGUUGGUGAUCUUUCGCCGAGAGCGCAGCACGCAGCACGCAUCCCCAAUCGCAGUCGCAGGAAGCAGCGGCACCCAGAGUUGGCAACAACUUCUCGUGGCUCCCAGUCCGUUUGUGUUUUUUCUGCCUCCGUUCCGGCUUCUUCCGCGUCCCAAAAUCGGUUCUAACUCACUUAACAGCGGUGCAGACCGACCGAGUAUUCGAACCGCGAAUAAUUGCAUAAUUACAAGAUUUUCAAAAUAUAUUCAAGAGUGCUGCGAGUGCGAAAAUAAAUGAGAAUUCAUUUCCGAGUCUGCUGAAUCAUCGCAUAUAGACUGCUCUACGUAUACGAAAAUCAGUUUUCAUAGCCUUCGCGCCCGUCCACGUCAUCGACGAAAAACAUAUAAAACUAAUUUUCGAAUCCAAUCGAAAAACUAACAACCUAACCGUAAACAAGUGCGAAAGAACUGCGCCAAAAUGUCAAAGAAUAACGGAAAGGGCGGCAAAGGCGAAUUCGAAUUCCCGCAGCCAGCGAAGAAGCAAACCUUCUCGCAAAUGAUCUACGAUCCCCAGGAUGGAACCUUUUUCGGACGUACCGGCAAAAGUUGGAGUCAGCUAAUGCUGUUCUACACGAUCUUCUACAUCGUGCUGGCCGCCCUCUUCACCAUUUGCAUGCAGGGUCUGUUGUCCACCGUCAACGAUGAGGAACCCAAGUGGAAGCUGGACGACUCGAUCAUUGGCACCAAUCCCGGCCUGGGAUUCCGACCCUUGAGUGAGCAGACCGAGCGUGGAUCGGUGAUCUCCUUCGACGGCAAGAAGGAUGCCGAGAGUAAUUACUGGAUCGAGCUGAUUGAUGACUUCCUAAAGGACUACAACCACACCGAGGGUCGAAAGAUGCAGCACUGCAGCUUCGGACAGACCCGCAAUCACUCAGAUGUUUGCGUGGUCAACAUCGAUCUGUUUGGCAGCUGCUCGAAGAACAACAGCUACGGCUAUAAGACGAACCAGCCUUGCAUAUUCCUUAAGCUGAACAAGAUCUAUGGCUGGGAGCCGCAGGUUUACGAGGAGGAGCAGAAGGGCAUGCCAGAUGAUCUGAAGAAGGUGAUCAAUGAGACGAAGAAGGAGGAGCGCCAGCAAAUCUGGGUGAGCUGCAACGGACACUUGGGCAAGGAUAAGGAGCACUUCGAGAACAUCAGGUACUUCCCCACCCAGGGAUUCCCCAGCUACUACUACCCGUACGAGAACCAACCAGGCUAUCUGAGUCCCCUCGUCGCCGUGCAGUUCAACUCGCCGCCAAAGGGUCAAAUGUUGGAUGUGGAGUGCCGUGCCUGGGCCAAGAACAUCCACUACAGCGGCAGUGCCCGCGAUCGCAUGGGGUCCGUGACCUUCCAGGUCAUCGUGGACUAGGUCGCCAACUUGUGAUCGCAACAAAAAUAAAAACAACACUAGCCGUACACUGGGCGAGGAUACGGCAACCAAGUCGGAGACCAAUUACCACUUGCCUUACUGCAAGAGAUACACACAUAUGCGUACAUAGAUAUAUAUAUAUAUGGAAAAGCUAGCGACCUUAGGUUCUCGAGUGCAUUGUAUAUAUUUAUACGAAAUAUUGAUCCGACCGUCAAUUGAGUUCUGAACAUCUGGCCUGACAUGAAAAUAGAAAAGUCGAAAAUCUUGAAAUUAAAGUUCAAUCCGUACACACGCAAUUGUUGUUAUAGCUUUUAGCUUGUCUAUUGCUAUCGGUUAUUAUUAUUAAUAUUUAUCUUAUUAUUUCAUAACGAAAUCUUGUAAAUUUUAUCAUUAUUUUCUGUCAGUUGUAUUUAGUUUUUAUUUAUAAAUGUUAAAGAAUGCCCGAAAAACUCUUUGUUUCCUGCACACAGCCCUGGGCUUGUUCAAUUUGUACAAAGAAGUAACUAAAUAAAUUAAAAUUGUUAAACGUAUGCAAGUAACGGAAAAA